GCCUCGUCACAACACAUCGUGAGCUUGAAAGUUAAACAACAACAAAAAAAUAAAUAGAAAAUUCGUUUUUUUAAGUCAUUUAACUAAUCAAAAUUUUUAUUUCCUUAAAAGUGAUUUGAGAAAUAUUUAUAUAGUCAGAGUCAGCAAUUAUGACUACAUAUAAUAAAAUCGCGAUUAGUUUUAUAUUAUAUGCAACUAUUGGAUAUGCUUUCGCCGAUGAGUACAUGAAGACCAAAGCCGAUUUUAUUAAAACAUGUAAAAUCAAGGAGCCGGGCUUCGUACCAUGUUCGACCGAAAGUAUUCAAAGGCUGUUCACGAAACUAGCAACAGGCAUCGAGGGCUUAGAUAAUCUUCAAAUUGAUCCAAUGAAAUUGAGUAAAAUAAAAAUUUUCGCCGGUGAUGGACCAGUUAGUAUAAAUUCAUCUCUAUCAAAAGCUGUCGUCACAGGAUUUGCUAACACAAAAGUUAUAGAAAGCGAUGUAAGCCCCGUCGACUACAGUUGGAUAACGAAAAUCUACUUGCCGAAAAUGCGAAUUGAAGGAAACUAUAACAUGAAGGGCAGAAUUUUGGUGAUACCUCUGAAUGGCCACGGAUCAUGUUUGUUCGAACCCAGUGGAAUGGACAUUACACUUUACACCAAGACCCACUUGUAUGAGAAGUUUGGUCAUAUUUUUUAUAAUGUCACUGAGACGCGUGUCGACUUCAAUAUAACUGGUUUGAAAUUACGCUUAGACAAUUUAUUUGAUGGCGUUAAGGUUCUAGAGGAAAGCACAAACAAAUACUUAAACGAAAACUGGAGGCCGGUAUCAGAAGCACUAAAGCCAAUUAUCGCAAAAACUAUCGAAGACAUUCUUCUCGGAAUAUUAAAUCGAAUUUUCCAUUUUAUGCCAGCUGAAUAUCUUGUAUCAGAUAUCGCCCAUCCGUCGGAGUUGUACGGAAAAUCAUAGAUCGUGCGGUUGAAGACGAUAAAUUACUAUACUUUUAGUUUCUGUAGCAAAAUUGAUGUAAAUUUAGAAGAUAAAAUAAUUUUUUAAAUAAAAUUGACUUGCUUCAUAAA